AUGGCGGACCACCGCGGCGAGUACUGGUAUCUUGACGAAGGCGUCGACGCCAACAAAAUCACUGUACCCGAACUACGCAGCAUAUUGCUCAAACAUGGCGUCACCUACCCCUCUUCUGCAAAGAAGCCGGCGCUCGUGAGCCUCUUCAUCGAGCACGUGAAGCCCCAGGCUGCCCAGGUACGAAGAGCACAAGCGCACACCAAGCGUUCGACCAGAGGCAUCGUCGACGUACCCUCCAGUGCAGCUAGUACUGUGACGACGGACGAUACCGGAGACGAAAGCACCUUGCCGCCUCCGCCUUCGACGAUACGCCGCACUUCGCGCCGUACCACGCGCCAGCCGACCGAAGAGUAUGAUGCUCCCGCCCCACGCGCAAAGACACCAUCCCGCGCAGUCCCUGCAAAACACAGCAGAGCCCUCGAUCCUGAAGUAGACGAACGACCCGCCGCCCGCCGCACGCGAAAGAGCGUCACACCGGCUGUAAGAGAGCCGUCGCCCGACCCAGAAGCAUGGCAUCGCAACGAUGUAGCCAGUCCCUUUACCCAAGAGAAUCCAUUCCAGAGUGGCAGCUCUCCCGCACUGCCAGAUACAGCGUCGCGCGACCGACGUAGAAAGACUUUGGGCUCUGAAUUGAAAGAAAAGCGCAAGAGCGAUGCGCAUCGGCGCAAGACUUUUCAACCCCACGUUGAGCAGCUCGACGAGGGUAUUGUCGUGCCUAGCCGUGGCACUUUCGACGUUGCAGAUCCACGCAAAUACAAAGAGGAAGACUCGACAGAUGCUGGAGAGGAAUUCACACCAGAAGAACAGCUGGAACUGGUCCGAGACCGAGCCAAAGCGGGCAAGACGGACAUACUCCCCCCUCGCAGACGCAGACAGCGCUCCAAGGCUACCGGAACCAUCAAGGCCAUGUCUUUGACGCUCUUCUCCACUGCUCUUGCUGUGCUUGCUGGAGUUUGGCGGCAAGAGAAGAUUGCAGUAGGGUUCUGUGGCAUGGGACGAGAAUCUACUGCUCUAGCGGGCGUGGAAGUUCCGGAAUGGUUGAACGAAGCAGUCCACAUCCUACCUCAGUGUGAAUCGUGCCCGCCACAUGCACAAUGCUUUAGAGGUCUUGAACUUCGAUGCGAUUCUGACUUUAUCCGAAAGGAACAUCCAUUGUCUCUUGGUGGCCUGAUCCCCCUCCCACCAUCUUGCGAGCCCGAUAGCGAGAAAACGCGGAAAGUGAAUAGCAUCGCAAACAGGGCUGUGCAGGCACUACGCAAACGUAAUGCUCAGUAUGAAUGUGGCGAACCGGAUGCCGAAGGAAAGCCAGUCGAGAGCCCUGACAUAAGUGAGAAGGAUCUUAAGCAACAAAUGGCAGCGGCGAAGAGCAAAGGCUUGACAGAUGAGGAGUUUGGCGAGCUUUUCGAGAGAGCAUUUCCUGAGGUGACUAUGCGCGAGGAAGUGGUCGAAACCACCAAUGGAACAACCGGUGAACGACGACUUGCAUCAACCUCACUCGCCGAGCUCCCCAUCACCUGCAGCAUCCGAAGAUCCGUCCGACAGUCCGUUAGACGAUAUAUUUGGCAGAUUAUUGGAUUGAUUCUCGCAAUUGCAAUGACUUCCUAUGGCAACUACUCUUACAGGAGAAGCCGCUCAAUGGAGGCUCGUGCGAAGCAAUUGGCAAGUGAUGCCUUUGACCGACUUGCAAACCAGGCCGCUUGGAGUAUGCAGGACCCGAGCUCUUACCCGGACAAGGGAAUCAGCAUGGCACAGCUUCGAGACGAUGUGCUUCGUAACGAGUUCUCCGCGUCGCGACGCAAAAAAUUAUGGGAGAGGGUGCAGAAGAAGGUGGAAUUCAACGCAAAUAUACGCACAGCUGUCAAGACAACUAGCACUGGUGACGUUGCACGCAUGUGGGAAUGGGUUGGGCCUAUUCAGCUACUUGAGGAUGGCCGGAGCGGAGGGAAUCGUCGAAGUGACCGUUUUAGUCUGGGCAAUAGUGUGGACAGCAGCCCUCCGUCAGGCUCAAGGCAGGCUGCUAUCCAGAAGUGGGACGAAGGUCAUCCGAUCUAUUAG